AUGCCUACAGACGUGAUGCCGAGCUCUUACCGCACUGAACAUUUUGGUCAAAGUUUAAGUAAGAAAGCUGGGGAAAGUGAAAUAAAAUCGGGGUUCUUAGUGCUUCUGGGCCCCGGCGGGAUGCGGCAGGACGUAAGAGUUGUAGUGUACAGGACAUCUCUUGAGCAUUUCGCUGUCAUCUAUCCGAGGAAGAGGGUAUCGAAAUCUAUUGGAGUGGUGAACUUAAGGAACACGGCUGUAGAGCAAGCUGAGUCGAACAGUGGCUUCAUUGUCCGACAGAAAGGCUACGAUAACACAAUUUCCGCGAAAUUCAUGUGUUCCGAACGAGAUGUGGAAUCUUGGAUGUCGGCGUUCACGUGCAGGGCUUCGCCCCACUCGGCGCACACGAGUCUACCGGUUCUAGUCGAGACGGAGGAAAGCUAA